AGUUUUUGUUGCACUAUUGCGCAUGCGAACUAGGCCUUAUUGAUGAGAAGAUUCCAAGUGGGUGUGUCGGGGGUUGGUUUGGAAUAGCAGCCCGUGAACUUGGGGCUCAGUAGGAAAGAAACGGGAGAUACCGCGAGUGAGCGACGUGUGGGCCACAAGCCAUUUGGAUGAGUAUAAACUGAACCUGGAUCGUUCAUUUCAAGCUCCAGCUAUUCAUCGGCUCUUUUGUUUCACCUAAAUGAGCUCUGUUGAAACCGACCUCUAACAUCUUGGAUAGGUCUGAGAAAUGUUUUAUCAGAUGCCUGUAACAUUUUUCGACGUUGCUGCCUCAUUUUCAGAGGAGCAGUGGUCCCGAUUGGAGGCUUGGCAGAAAGAGCUUUAUCGAAAUGUGAUGAAAGAACUCCAUGGAGCUUUAACUACACUAGGUUACAAAAUUGAAAAUCCAGAAAUUUUGUUCAAAAUCAAAAUUGCAGAUAAAACUUGUGUGCGCAUUGAUAUUAAUUCCCAAGAAAGAGAAAAUAUUAAAAGUAAAGAUCUUCCUGAUGUAGUAGUAAGAAUAAAAGAGCAAACUCUGCUUCCUUGCACCAAAGAGAGAAAAAGUUUCAAAGAGAACCAGAAUACAGAUUCACCAGCCCAAUCUUCUCAAGAAGAUAUUGGUGGUAGAAAUCCGAUCUUUGUUAAAACCGAAGAAGAAAGUUAUUCGAUAGACCAUUAUAAUUCUGGAUUUGUUCAAUCUGAUGGCUCCACUGCUGGGCCAGUGGAAAUUAAGCAGGAAUCUGAACACACAAGUGAUGAUGCUAACAAUUUUGACAAUAUAAUUCCAGUUGUGGUAAAGCAAGAAGAUGAUUCCAGCAGUCAUGCAUUUGAGGAUACAGAACCUGUAGGAUAUUAUAGAUUAUGUGACCAAGCAAAUAGUGAGGGAACUCAGCAAGGCCCAACAUUAAACAUGGCUAUUGUACCCAAAUGGAGCAAUAUUGCUUCAGAGGUACAUGAAGAUCAACUUACCGUGGAAGCAAUUGCUGCUAAGGUCUCCCCAAUAAAUAAAAAGGAAACCUUUUUACCACGCUUUAGAAUACCCACAUGUGAAGAGCGAGAUAGUUUUAUUCAAGAGCAAAAAAACAAGAAUACUAUGAGGAAAACAAAAUCCGAUAUUUCUACUCUGUUAAGCUUCACUCUGCAGGUUAAGGAGAAAAGACAAAUUGAAGAUAUCCCUCAUGAAGAACUUGAUUUACUUCUGUCGAAGUUUAUUCUUGCAUUGAAAAGAAAAGAUGGCAAAGAAUAUGAAGCCCACACAGUGCGCUGCUUAAUAGGUAGUAUUGACCGAUACCUAAAAGAUCAAAAUUACCAUCAGCCGAUAUUACAUGGAAACAACCGUGAAUUUCCACUAACUAAUAAAACUCUUUCUGCAAAGAUAAAAUACCUUAAGAAACAAGGUAAAAGCAAUCGCCCUAAUAAGGGGGAAGCGUUAACAGACGAAGAUAUAGAAAAUCUCUAUAAAACAGAAAUUUUGUCCUUGCACAACCCUUCAAGCUUGUUAAACGUACUGUUUUUUAACAAUGGCAUCCAUUUUGCACUCCGAACCAAAGAACAAUAUGAUCUACAAUGGGGAGACAUUACACUGAAAAUCGACAAUAAAGGCAAUCAGUAUUUAGAGUACAACGAAAGGCGAGCCAUGACUGCAGAAAACCCCCAAAAUGUAAAGGUGGUCAAGCCACGGAUGUAUGGUACACCAGAACCACCUGAACGAGAUCCAAUCACUGCAUAUAUUAAAUUUAAAAACAACCGACCACCUUCAAUGUUGGCACCGGAUUCCCCCUUCUACCUGGCUCUGAACACAAAAUACAACCCAGGAUAUUCUCUUUGGUACCGUGCCAUGAAAAUUGGAAUCCACAAAAUGAGAUUAAUGAUGACCAGUAUGAAAAUAAAGGCCUCACUGCCAGAAUCUAGAAGAAUGAAAAGCAAUUUAAUCAGAGAAACAAUCCUGCAGAAUCGGACUUUCCAUCAAUUAUCACUUACAGAAGCUGAGCAACUGAGUGGACACGUGGAUAUUGACUGCAUAAACAACUACUCUGUAGUGAGUGAACAAAUACAACAAACUUUGUUAUAUCAUUUCAAAAACGACAGUGAAAACCAACUUGAAACUGCCACAUCCGCUGGCGGUGCUGCAGCACCAACGCUGUUUUGUAAUGUACAAGAAAAUAUCAACGGUAGAAUUAUGCUGGACUCCAUAGUUGGACACAAUUUUACUUCUGACUCGGACGAAACGGCAUUAAAAGUUUAUAGUGAGUCGGUUACAAAUGAACCACCAAACAAACGCGCUAAAAUUAUGUGUGUUUCGGACUCUGAUUAACAUCUGACCUGAUAAGAUGUUUUAAUAAUUCUCUUAUUGGUUAAUAAAAUAUGCUAAUUAUAAGGCAUGUUUGUAUUUAUUUUUUCUCAGAAUUUUUAGGUAAAUAUUACAAGACACAAUGUUUGUAAAAAUACAUGAAGCAUGAAACACUUUAGUAAUGUAGAAUAUCCUUAAUGCUUGCUGUCAAGUCAUUACAGUAUUCCUUUAAUCAUCUGUUCUUGCUGCCAGUACAAUUGUAUGGAUUAAUGAUACAUUAUAUUUCCAUUUUGCAUA